AAUGCAGACUAUCGCGAGUACAUGUAAGGCUCCACAGCGUCAUUGUGAACACACACACACAACGAUGGAAGUCGCAGCUAAUGCGACCAGCUAGCUGGAGACGAAGCACAAAACACACUGUUUUUAUCGGGGACAAAAUGUUCGGAAUUCAAACAUCCUAUCCGACCGCGAUGGCAGCUGCUUUACAGCCGACUUCCCCACGGCUCCUCAAACACAACACUGUCCUUUAAGCUCUAUCGUAACACGUAUAGACCAUUAUUUGUUUUCAGAUAUUUCAGGCUAAAGUUCACUGCGUAGUGUUUUUGUGUGCGUGUGUUUUGAACACUGGCGCACACCGAGACCUCAAACUUCUUUGAAGCCGUUGGCGUCGUGUUAACUGUUUCUACUGUAGUGAAGUAAACGGAGCGGACCCGAAGAGCUCAAACGGUUAGUGGCAUGAAGUUCCCCGUGGACCUCCUGGCUGACGUCAGCCAGACGGAGCUGGAGUGGUUGGCCCACAACUACAUGAACAACCUCCUCUACAGCAACCCCGAUUCACCCGAACACCUCGCCCUCUCCGACUCCACCCAGGUCACCAUAGACGUCUCCAGCGUGGGCUUCGUCCCUCUCUAUGGAUCCGGCGACAAACAGAAGAUCCUGGCCCUCUUCUCUCCCAGCGACCCGUUCACCGCCGUGGCGCUGUACCUGCUGGACCGCUGGUGGGCGGUGGACGACAUCCUCAAGACGGCAGACCCCGCUCGAGGUGGAGCUGUGGAGGUGGAGACGGUGGGAGAGAGAAUAGUUCUAUACAUCCUCAAUCGCGUCGUCUAUCGAGCCAAAGAGAUGAGCCCUGAGGAGCUCCCCUUCCUCUGCCAUGGAGAAAAAGACAGCGCGAAAAUCCUCUGGAAUAAUGGAGAGGCUGUCGGCUUCUACUCAGUCAAACCCUCAGGCAGCUUUAUUAGUUCUUUCUCAACCAGAAGCUAUCAGCUCCCUGUGAUGGACUCCAUCUUCGUUAGAAAAUGUCAGCGUGGUAAAGGCUUCGGCCUGCAGAUGCUGGAGGACUUUGUGCUCAGUUUCAAAGAGGACUGUCUGGGGUUGAAGUACCCCAUAACAAAAUUCAUGUUUAAAGUGUGUGGGAAAUACCUGUGUCAGUACCCAGGAGACACAGACCUGCUGUGGGAGGUGGAGAGCAUAGGUGGGCCCAACCAGAGGACCAAUAUCGCCGGAAAAAUCCAGGCCAUGGACCAGAGUGCAGUAUCCAUGAGUCGGUCAUUCACAGAGGAAUCACUCGUGAUUACUGAAAGGACGGAACCGGACGCGGUGAUGAAGGCGAUCACCACUCAAAUAAAAGAGGCCGGCUCUAUAGAAUGCACGGUGGAAAUUGUGGAGGAAGUGACGCUACUGAGCACUACCAGAGAGGCUGAGGUGCCCCUCACAGCCCGGAGUCGGAGUAGCGGCUCCAAACGAAGGAAGAUGGGAGAAGAGAUUGGAGAGGACAAGUCCGAGAAAGUCAUCAGAAUUGAGGAUAUUGAAGCAGAAACCCCGAGCAAGGAUCAAGUUUCUGCGCAACAGAAGACAGAACUUCACGUCUCUGAAUUGGUGAAGACUGAGGGUAUGUCCACUGUGGCUCCUGGAGAGCAAGGAGAGCAUAUGUUGGACCAACCAGCCACCGUCCUAGCCCAACAAGACCUACAAGAUGAUGACGUUACAUUAGCACCUUCGACUGAGGAGCCACAAGUAGAAGAUAAUGCCCCCCAGAAUCUGAACAGCAUCUCCUGUGACUCACAGAUAACAGUUGAGAAUGUGGCAUCAGAAAUUAAGGAAGAGUGUCAGAAGGAAGACACUGCAGCGCUGGUAGUCUGUGAAGAAGCUUUGGAGGAAGCAGAAACUCUGGACAAAGUGGGAGAGGGAACUCAAGUUGGGGUCACUGAUGAAAAGUCGGAAGAGAGAGUAACACAACAAGAGCUAAGUCUAUCAACACAUGCAACAUCAGAGAAUGGUGAAGCUGGAAAAACCAGAAGAGCCAAUGUAAAGGCUGCGACAAAUGUAGAGAGUAUAACCCCCAGACGGAGAUCUACGCGUCACAGCAAGCAAGAAGAGGGGGUAAAGCAGGGAACUACAGCCCAGAAGGCAGGGGUCAUUUUGAGAGGAAGAACUAUUAAGAACACCCCUCCACCCACACACAAAUAUACCCGAUGUAACCAAAACGUAUCUGAAGAAUUAGAGAAAGAGGUUGAUGAAGUGGCAGAGGAGGAAGACGUCUCUACAACCCAGGUAGUGGAGGAGUCGGAUGGAACUGAGGGAGAAGCACAAGAAGAAGAACAAACCUCCAUAAAAGAGGAUGUAGUCACGGUGGAAGAGUUAUCCGAAGAAAAGCAACAGCUCGAAGAUGAACAACUGAAAAAUGAAGAGAAGAUGGAGAAACAACAGGAGCCAGUGGAUGAACAAGAAGCAGAGAACGGUGAAGAAGAACCAGCAGUGACAACCAGAACACUGAGACAUGGGAGGGUUUCUACCACUGACACACCUAAAGGAAAAUCCAAAAGAAGCCGUAAACAAAUCCAGGAAGAAACACAAAAGGGAGAGGAGGAAUCUAAAUGUGUCGAGGAAACAGGAGUAGGGGAAGAAGAUGUAGAGAAGACUGAUGAGGAGAUAGAGGAGAUAGUAGAUAAGGUUAAGGAAGCGGCCUCUGAAAAUGAGGAGGGUUUAGAUUUAGAAAUAGAUGAUGUGGAGGAAGGGGAAGCGGUGGUGGAGCAAAAACAAGAUGCAGUGGAAGAUAAAACAGGGCUGGUGUCAGAGCUACUAACUGAAGGGGACGAGGGGAAAGCCCCAGAGGAGGAUAAAAUGGAGGUGGAGAAUGAGGAACUUGUUACUGUGGAGGGGGAAAAAGGAGAGUCUGAGGAAGGAACAAUGAUGCUGACUGGAGAGGAAGAGAACACAGCUGUAGUUUCAGCUGCUGCCGAUGAUUUAGUACAAGAAGAGACAGAUGCACCAUUACCUUCACCGGCCACUGACUCAGCUGUACUUCCACCUGUCGAAGAUGAGGCAACACCUUCAGCAGAGGAGCAACAGAGUAAGGGAACGGCAACCCAGCUUUCUGAUCUCCGAAGAGUGACAGUGGUUUUAGUGGACCUGCAAAAACCCCAUCACGACGUCCAGGAUGAAACAGCAGCUACAGAGGAGGGUCUUCCUGUACAAAAGACUGCUGCUGAGGCAGAAGAGGAGCAGAGGGAAGAAACAAUGAAAGAAGAAGAAACGGUGGCACAGGAGACUGUCCCUGGAUCCUCUGUGGGUGUAGAAAAAACUGAGCUGGAGAAGGUGACAGUUAAAGAGGAACGGUGUGAGUAUAAAGUGGAAGCAGUCACAAAACAAGAAACAGAGGACGGGAGAGAUGAGGAGACAGCUGAAGCGGUCGAAGCCACACCAAGAACCAGAGGCAGACCGAGAAAGGAGGCAGCUCCAAAAAUUAAGGAAGUGGUACCGAUAGUUGAAAUCAGGGUUUUGAGGGCUGGAAGGAAAUCAUACUAUGCCCGACAGAGAACAAAAAGAACCCACAAGCAACUCCAGGAAGAGGAAGAAGAAGAGGAGAGAGGAGAGGACUCUACAGCAGUUGAGGCGAGAGAGACAGAGGAAGAAGAGGAAGAACAACAGAUGACUGAUCUGAAGAAGGGAGAGAAACUUGAAGAAAGGGAUGCAACUGAACAAGCAGAAAAUAUAGAAGCAGAAAUGGCCUCAGAGAAAGAGGAUAUAGUGGCAGAGCAAGCUGUCAACCAACACGAUGCUCAGGAGGAGGGACAGAUCGACUGUACUGAGACAGUUGCCGAUGUGGACACAGAGGCCUCAGUUGGACAACACGAUGAUGAGGAAAAGACCUUGGUUGUUGCAGAUGAAGCACUCGCCAAGCAAGAUACAGUGGAGGGAGAACAGUCAACCUCCACAUCUGAAGUGGCGGAAAGUGCACAGGAGACAAUGUUGACAGCAAAGGUCGAGCAGGCAAAAGAUGUGUCUGAGGAGGAAGUACCAGUUGUUGAAAGAGUCCUAAGAAGUGGUGAAAAGACUGUGAGAGCCACAAAGAAACAGGAUGAUGAGCAAGAGGAGGAGGCACCGGGAGAGAACAGCACAGAAGAAGAUGAACCAGCAGUAGAAAUUAGGGUUCUAAGGAAGGGAAGAAAGCCUGCUGAUGCCACACCUAGUCGUAAAUCCAAAAGAGCUUGCACACAGUGUCAGACCGAGGAAGAGCGAGAAGAAGAAGAUACUCCUGCUGAAGAGAUUGAAGGAGAGGAAGAAGAGGCUGGGCAGGAAUCACCGGAGGAGAAAGACAAAGAUGUGGAAGAGGAAGGAGCUCGUAAUGCGGCUGGGGAAGAACCUACCGUGGGAGACGCAGAGCAGACGAAGGAUGCCUCGACAGAGGAAGCAGGAGAGCUUGAAGAGGAGGUCAACAGUGUGGAAGCUGUGGAUGGGAUUGGUACUGACACUGUCCUACCUUCAUCAGCUGAGGAGGAGGAAACCGCAGUCGUAGAACAACCCAAUGCUGCGGCAGAAGUGCGAUUGGACGCUGCCACCGCUGAAGGAGAGGCUCUAGUUGAAGAUGCAUCUGUGGUGGCCGAAGAUGAAGCUCCAGCCGUAACAACAAGAGCAUUUUGGAGCAAACAAAAAGCGUCACCUUCCACACCAUCUCCAAGAUCCAGAAGGCAGAAAGACGAUUCCCCUCGAAGAUCCGUACGAAAAAGACCAAAGGUGUGUUACAGGGAAAACAAUGAGGGUGAGCGAGAUGACACUGAUGGCAACACUGACGAGGAGGUAAAGGUUACAGUAGCAUCAGACGAGGACCAAGGCAACGAGAAAGCUGAGCCUUCUUCGGAUACAGAUGAAGAGGUAGAGGCUGCUGGAUCAAGCCAAGAGGACGAGGAAUAUGAGCAGAAUACAUCCGAGGAAGAGGAGGAACCCAUAGUGAUUGGGAAGAGAGUUUUAAGGGGGAGGUCAGUUCCUUCAGUAAUAAUAACCCCGCAGUCUAAAUCCAGACGCCGCAGCGCUAAAGUGUCCAAUGAAGAAAGGAGCCCUCGAUCAGCUCAGAAGAGAAAAAUUACCGAGGUGACACGCAAAUCUAAGCAUCUCAGCAGAGUUUAGGAUGUUCACAAUACCAUCAUUGACAAUGACACAAAAGUGCAUGUGUGGAGUCACUAAACUGGGAAAAUGCCAAAAAAGCAAAACGAUAUACUGUAUAUAUAUUUUCAUACGAAAUUUUGAAUGCAGGCUCACAAAGCCCGGUGGAAUGCAGGGGAUACUCGUGACCACAGGGGCCGCUGUGGUAAAGGUCCAUGAUCUUGCUUUUAGGGCCACUAUUAUCUAUUCUCUCUACCCCCUCAUUGUAAUCUGACCUGGGGACAGUGUCUCUCACCAGCAUGUCUCCGUUUACCAAAAACAAAAACCUACGCCACCCUGACCAUUAUAACGACAUACAAGUCCUUCACACUGUGUUGGAUUUGAAAAGCGUUUUUUCCUUUUCCCAGUUUGUAUGUGAACAUAAAUUAUAUUAAAGAGUUAAAACACCCAAGUUUGGUCAAGAAGAGACUGGGUUCAUUGAAAUCUGCACACAAAAACAAAUGGACAAACUCGUGCAGGGUCCACAGUAGAUUUCAUUUUUCCAUUUUAACUGAGAACUCUUACAAGUGGGGAAUUAUUAUUUUUAUAUUGUAAAAAUGUGAAUGUCCAGUUUGCAUCAUGUGAUGAAACAAAUCUCAACUAUAGCUUUUAGUAUUUUUUUACUCGGCAACAUGUCAGUCAGGAAUCAAAUGAAUAAGUCUAAAUAAGAAUAAGUCUCUUUCUUUAAAUUGGUGAAACGCUCCAAUAGUUUUUGACUCUACAGAGGAACCGGUUAUUUUGUAUAGCUUGUUUAUGUACUUUGAUUUAAAAAAAAAGAAUUACCAAAACAUGUUCUUGCUUUGCAACUAUCAGCAGAACUCAGGUCUUAAUAUUAACAUCUUCUCUUUUUUUUUUUCUAUAUACAUUUCACAUGUAGAGAUUUGUAACCUGUAGAUCCAUCUAACAUGUAAUCACCUCUCGUGUUACGCUUUCAUCUAACUUAGUGAAGUUGAGCGGUACAACCUGUAGAGAGGACGCUUCUCAAGUCAAUGCCCUCUAUCACGCUUCUUGUUUUUAUUAAUGUGAUUAUUUAGUCUACAUUAUACAUCCAUGUGAGUUUAAGUGUUGAUUUUGUCUGCAUCAUGUGGAGGAUAACAUUUAAUUAGCUGUGUGAUGUAAAGCUGUGAUCUUUCUCGAAUGUGCUUGUGCUUAUUAGCAGAUGCCGUUGAAGUCAUUCAAGGUCACUAACAUUUUUUUGUCUGUGUGGACUUUUCUCUGUGAAAUGAUGUUUCCAUGAGCUGAAAUUGUGGUAAAUAAAGGUUUCUGAAGGUA